UAUUACCCGCCCGGCUGGCUCUGUCACAUGACAGACUCGAAACGAGAAACCCGACGAUGCGCUCGGGCAAGUUUUGCUUCUCCGGCUCCGACGCGCGAGGACUCGCCUCUCGGUGGCGGGCGCAGAAUCCCGAGGGGAGACCGCCAGCCUCGCUCGCCCUCCGAGCCGCUGGCCGCCUCGCGUAGGGAGCGGCGGCUAGCCUUGGGGCUGGGCAGCCCGGGAUCAUGGACAAGUUCAAUAAAAUCACUGUGCCGGCCGGACAGAAGCUCAGGCAACUUCAGAAGAUAGUGCAUGACAUCAAGAAAAAUGAUAGUGGGAUAAUGAGCAAGUUCAAAAAGUUCCAAAAUGAACAAGUGGCCUUAAUAUGCAAAACUGGAAAAAAUACUUGGGAUCGACUGACAAGUAAACCGCCACCAAGUGUUCCACCAGUAGAUUAUGUACCAGAGCCUGGAGAGGAAGAUGAACAGUGGUCAGAUGAUUUUGAUAAUAGUGAUUAUGAGAAUCCGGAUGAUCACUCUGAUUCAGAGUAUGUGGUUCCCAAUGGAGACAAUGGUGAUGACAGCUAUGAGCCCCCUCCAAGCCAUCAGGAAACCAAGAAGAUUGCUGCAGCAUUCUCAGUUUCCAGAGGAGAAUACGCAGACAAUCGAUCUAGCCAACAGCAGCCUCGGCCCGUUGCCAAGCCACUGCCUACACUUCCAGGUCAACCUUCAUCUAAACCAAAGAAAUUGGCCUCUUUGCCACCUCCAUCCGUUGUUCUGAAGCCAAAAAUCCCUCUGAAACAACAGGAAUGCACUGACAUUGAGGCAGAUUAUGUUGUACCUGUUGAUGAUGAAGAGGAAGAUGACAAUUACAUUGAACCGACUGAAGAAAGCCCGUCACAGCCUGUAAAACCCCCAGUGGUGAACAGAUCUAUCAAACCCACAAUGAAACUUGAUCCUCCCAGUUCUUCAGUGCUGCCUCCUGCUCCCGUGUCACCUUCCAUGCUAGAUGUUUAUGAGAUUCCUGAGGAAGAGGAAAAAUCAUCACCUCCAUUAUCCAGGAUUUCCAAGUCAGUUCCCCCAAAGCCUGUUCAAAGACCAGGAGGAUAUUCUCAGAUACAAAACACAGCCAAAGAAUUGUCAAUGACUGAUGUGUCCAGAAACCGUCCUCAACUAAAAGUCGAUCCUGACAGCUUUGAAAUGCAAAGUGAGGAAAGUCAUAACAGCAGUGGAACUCAAGAACCCAGGUUUCCUUCUGUUGCGGUACCAUCUCCACUUCCAAGGAUUAUGAAAAAAACACCAAAUCCAGCAGUCCCUUCAAAGCCAAGCCUUCCUAGUAGAGACCACCUAACGAUGAAUGAAGAUAAACCUGUACCAGCUGUACGUCGCCGGGGUUCCAACCAGGAUCUUCCUCUUCCACCAAUACCAUCUAAUCUCCCUAAACCAUUGCCACAAAAGGCACCUCUCUCUUUAAGAUCACCAGAUCCCCUGAAUCGCAGCUUACCUACCCCACGCAAUAGCAUUUCUAAUACAACAGAACAGGACCCUAGCAUUCACGGUAAAGCAUGGUACAUGGCUUCCAGUGAUCGAAAAACAGCUGAGGAUGCAUUAUACAGAUCAAACAAGGAUGGAUCUUUCCUAGUAAGAAAAAGUUCUGGACAAGACUCAAAGCAACCAUAUACACUAGUUGUAUUUUACAACAAGCGAGUAUAUAACAUCCCUAUUCGAUUUAUUGAGUCAACAAGACAAUAUGCCCUAGGCAGAGAAAAAAGUGGUGAGGAGCGCUUCGACAGUGUGGCAGAAAUAAUAGAAAAUCAUCAACGAAAUUCUCUUGUUCUCAUUGACAGUCAAAACAACACCAAAGACUCUACCAAACUAAAAUUUAUUACUAGAGUUUGAUAAGUGCAUUGAGAAUUCAACAUGGAGCCUAGGCCUAAUCUUCUGGGAGAUUCAAGAUCAAGCAUUUGAACAAGAAUCUACAUCUUCAAUUAAAAGACUUUUUCUCCAAAAGCUUUACCAGCAAGAGACACUUUUUUAUAUAAGACCACACAAUUUUAUAAGACAACCAAGAUUAAUUUGGUACUGGUAGCUAAUUAAGAAUUAACUGUUUGUGACUUCAGUUGACAUGGCUAUUCCAAAUUCAUACCUGAGAUAUUAUGUACUUGAAGUAUUUUUGUAAAGAGGUUCCACACUUCAGAGAGAAGCAGAAAACUCAAGAGUUAAAGUGUAAUUGUUUAAUACAUUUAAAGGAAUUGUGUCUUACACCGCUCACUCUUGCAAAUGUUAACAUGAAACUCACAGAUUUCUCAAAUUUAAAACUAUCUAUGCCAAGAUAAGCUACUGUUUGUAAUAAGUUAAAGGCAGGAUUGUUUGUUGGGACAGAAAUCCAAAAAAGACGUCAGGAUUUCAGUACAAUGUAAUGGAUUUUAUGAUGACUUCACCUGUAUUUGUUGGAACCACUGUUACAUGGUGUGUUUUUUAAUUAAAGUACAUGUAAAUAUAAUAUUAAA